GACAGGCAGAAGGACUGACUUCCCUCUCCCGGGCAUCCUCCCUGGGCUGCCGGGAGGCGGCGGCGGCGGGGGAGGAGGAGGGAAAGGGGGAGAAGGCGGAGAGCAGGAACGCGAGGAGGUGGACCUGGAUCCGUUUUUCCCGGCCAGGACGCGAGCGGCCCCAGCUACCGCUACCCGCCGGCGCCGUCCCCUAUCCAUCAACCCUCCUGCACCCAUCCGCGACCCUGGGCUCUCUGCGCGUCGGGCCGGGGCCGGAGCGGCGCGGCCGCAGACUGUCUGGCUCCCUCAUUAUGCCCAUGCUUUGCUAAGUGCUGGUGGCCAUCGAAGCUUUUGCAUCCUGGGGACGAAUCCUGAGCUCACCAGAGACGGACGGCGCAAGGUCCGGGCUCUGGUUCCCUGUGAGAAGCUGCCACGGCCCACCGAGAUGUCCAGGCACCAUAGCCGCUUCGAAAGAGAUUACCGCGUAGGCUGGGACCGCCGUGAGUGGAGUGUCAAUGGGACCCACGGGGCCACCAGCGUCUGCAGCGUCACCUCCGGGGCUGGCGGCGGCACAGUUAGCAGUCUCAGCGCACGACCAGGCCUCCUGCCGCUGCCCGUGGUGCCCUCCCGGCUGCCCACUCCCGCCACAGCUCCGGCUCCCUGCACAACGGGCAGCAACGAAGCCAUCACCAGUCUCGUGGCCAGCUCGGCCUCCGCAGUCACCACCAAGGCUCCAGGCAUCUCCAAAGCUGACAAUCAGUCCCAGGGACUCACGACCAGCAUUCGAUGGGGCCAGACGCCCAUCAAUCAGUCCACACCCUGGGACACUGAUGAGCCGCCCUCCAAACAGAUGAGGGAGAGCGACAAUCCAGGCACAGGGCCAUGGGUGACUACGGUGGCCGCCGGGAACCAGCCUUCCCUGAUUGCACACUCCUAUGGAGUGGCCCAGCCUCCCACCUUCAGCCCAGCUGUGAACGUCCAGGCCCCGGUCAUCGGGGUGACUCCCUCACUGCCUCCCCAUGUGGGGCCCCAACUCCCGCUGAUGCCAGGCCACUACUCGCUCCCACAGCCGCCCUCUCAACCACUGAGCAGUGUGGUGGUGAACAUGCCUGCCCAGGCCCUGUACGCCAGCCCUCAGCCCCUGGCCGUAUCCACUUUGCCUGGAGUGGGACAGGUAGCCCGCCCGGGACCCACUGCUGUGGGCAACGGCCACAUGGCAGGGCCCCUGCUGCCUCCACCUCCGCCUGCCCAGCCAUCCGCUGCUCUUCCCAGCAGUGCUCCUGCCACCAAUGGGCCCCCCACAACAGACUCAGCCCCUGGGCUACAAAUGCUACGGACCAUUGGAGUGGGGAAGUAUGAAUUCACCGACCCAGGGCACCCUAAAGAAAUGUUGAAGGAAUUGAACCAGCAGCGCAGAGCGAAAGCGUUUACAGACCUGAAAAUUGUUGUUGAAGGCAGAGAGUUUGAAGUCCACCAAAAUGUUCUAGCUUCCUGCAGCUUGUAUUUCAAGGACCUGAUUCAAAGGUCAGUGCAGGAUGGCAGCCAGGGCGGCCGGGAGAAGUUGGAGCUGGUGCUCUCGAACCUGCAGGCUGACGUACUGGAGUUACUGCUGGAAUUCGUCUACACCGGUUCUCUGGUCAUCGACUCAGCCAACGCCAAGACUCUGCUUGAGGCGGCCAGCAAGUUCCAAUUUCACACCUUCUGCAAAGUCUGCGUGUCCUUUCUCGAGAAGCAGCUGACGGCCAGCAACUGCCUGGGCGUGCUGGCCAUGGCUGAGGCCAUGCAGUGCAGCGAGCUCUACCACAUGGCCAAGGCCUUCGCGCUGCAGAUCUUCCCCGAGGUGGCAGCCCAAGAGGAGAUCCUUAGCAUCUCUAAGGAUGACUUUAUCGCCUACGUCUCCAAUGACAGUCUCAACACCAAGGCCGAGGAGCUGGUCUAUGAAACUGUCAUCAAGUGGAUCAAGAAGGACCCAGCGGCACGUGCGCAGUACGCAGCAGAGCUCCUAGCUGCCGUCCGCCUCCCCUUCAUCCACCCCAGCUAUCUGCUCAAUGUGGUGGACAAUGAAGAGCUGAUCAAGUCAUCGGAAGCAUGCCGGGACCUGGUCAAUGAGGCUAAACGCUACCACAUGCUACCCCAUGCCCGGCAGGAGAUGCAGACACCCCGCACCCGGCCCCGCCUCUCUGCAGGUGUGGCCGAGGUCAUCGUUUUGGUUGGGGGCCGUCAGAUGGUGGGAAUGACCCAGCGCUCGCUGGUUGCUGUCACCUGCUGGAACCCACAGAACAACAAGUGGUACCCCUUGGCCUCCCUGCCUUUCUAUGACCGAGAGUUCUUCAGUGUUGUGAGUGCCGGAGACAACAUCUACCUCUCAGGUGGUAUGGAAUCAGGGGUGACGCUGGCUGAUGUCUGGUGCUACAUGUCCCUGUUGGAUAACUGGAACCUGGUCUCCAGAAUGACUGUCCCUCGCUGUCGUCACAAUAGUCUCGUCUAUGAUGGGAAGAUUUACACACUUGGGGGACUUGGAGUGGCAGGCAACGUGGACCACGUGGAGAGGUAUGACACUAUCACUAACCAGUGGGAGGCAGUAGCCCCUCUGCCCAAGGCAGUGCAUUCAGCAGCGGCCACUGUGUGUGGUGGCAAGGUCUACGUGUUUGGUGGGGUCAACGAGGCAGGCCGAGCUGCAGGUGUCCUUCAGUCCUAUGUGCCACAGACCAACACAUGGAGCUUCAUUGAGUCCCCAAUGAUAGACAACAAGUACGCACCUGCUGUCACCCUCAAUGGCUUUGUGUUCAUCCUGGGAGGCGCGUAUGCCAGAGCCACCACCAUCUACGACCCAGAAAAGGGCAACAUCAAGGCAGGCCCGAACAUGAAUCACUCUCGCCAGUUCUGCAGUGCUGUGGUGCUGGAUGGGAAAAUUUAUGCAACCGGAGGCAUCGUGAGCAGCGAGGGACCAGCCCUGGGCAACAUGGAAGCCUACGAGCCCACAACCAACACAUGGACCCUCCUACCCCACAUGCCCUGUCCUGUGUUCAGACACGGCUGUGUCGUGAUAAAGAAAUAUAUUCAAAGCGGCUGACAUCAGCAGAGAGCCCAGGACAAGCCUAUGGGACGAGUUUGGUGAGGCAAAUGCCACACACACCAUGGUUAUCUUUCAACACCAACGAGAGGCCCACAAAACACAAGAAACUCACUGCGCUAACAUUUCGAAUAUUCUCUACAUUGAAUGUAGAAAUUCAUCCUCGCCUUUUGGGUGAAGUGGGGCACAGCGCUCGGGCAACAGGAACCUGGAACACACAGCCAAGACGCUUGCUCUCAACAGGGGGCGCUCGCUCUGCCCGGUGCAAUAGUCUCACAUAUUUUUCAACUGGGAGAGAAGCUGUUUUUUUUUUUUUUUUUUCCUUCUUGCAGAGCAAGCUCCAUCCCUAAACCACCAUAGAUCAGUUAUCCUGUGACAAUACUGGGCAUCAGGCUCUUUUUGGAAUAAGGUCAAAGUGUCCUUAUCACUUUGAUUCCUACUUGUUUUUGUUUUUUUUAAACCAAUCUACACUUUCAAGUGGCCGAGAGAAAAACGAGGGAUGGGACUGUGCAGCACCAGGGCCUAGGAAGGGGCUGUUAGCACCAGGCAGGGGAGAGGACCGGCUGUGUGUGUAGACUGGCAGCCGCAGGGAUCGCUGGGGAGAGCCGCGUGGACUUCGCGGGCUUUUCUACCAUGUUUUCGCUGCAAAAGGACAUGGCGGAUGUGUUAGCUUUCUCUUAGCCAGUAUGAAUUAUUUAGAUUUCCAAGGCAUUUUCUUGAUACACAAAAGGCUAUUUUUAAGUACUGAGAGGAGGAGGCCACAUGAGGGACAGCGCUGUGGGACUUCCCAAAGCUCUUUGUAGGUAGCGCCAGAGGCGGGGCACUUGCUCCCAUUUUUUUCUAUGUGCAGAGUAGAGGAUCUCUCCUGAGGUGGGCCAUGCCCCCACUUUAUUUUUGGAAAAAGUUAACUCCCAGACAGCCCCGAAAGGCCGUGCCUCGUGGAGGCAUUGUCAGCGGCGGAAGGAUCUAUGCUAGAAGAAUGUAGCUCCCUCCGCGAGGUAAAGCUGAACCCAGGCCCAGGAAAGGGACUGAGGGAGGCAGAGGGAAGAAAGAAAUGUCCACAAAGCACAGGAGACUAUUUUUGAUAUUUAUAGCUAUAUAUUCAAGGCACCUGCCGCGAGAGCUCUCAGGAUGGGGACAGCUUUCUUAGACGAGCCAUGACAGCCACGGCCUGAGGGGCACGAGGAGACCCCUCUUCUUGUUGCCUUGUACAGUAACCUGAGGAAAGGGAAGCCAAGAGCGAGCUCCCAACGAGGCUCAAAAGAGAAAGGCCUUCCCAUUAGUCCUUAGACCCUCAAACCUCACCUGGUCAUCAGUUUCCAUUCCAGGGCAGGAAGAAGGCCGCCGCCGCCGCCGCCGCCGCCGCCACCACCACCACCGUGCUGUUUAGUUGAAGUUAGUACCAAAUACACACCAUUUUUCUACCUGGGAAGUCAGCUCGCCAUCACUUCAUAAGAACCAUUGGCAGAGAGAAAAAGAGACAGGACACACUCUCCAUCAUUCAGUAUUGGAUGACACAAAAUUCCAGUCCUAAUGACGGGCAUCAACUUCUAGCAUUACAAGUGUGGCUCCCACUUGACAAGAUACCGAGCUUCGUUAUGCAGUUUUUAAUAUUAUUUAUUAUUUAAAAAAAGUAAUAAGCACAAAACUACAUACAUUGUAUGUCAUUUAAAAGUAUUUAUGUCAAACAGGGUGCAAGUGUGAACCCAAGGACUGGAGCACAAACUUCUAACUGCCUGGGGCAGGGCGAAUGUGAGCAUUGGUGUGCGUCUGCCUCCAAGGGAGGUGUUAGUGGUCAACAGGACUCCACGGAUGACACUGAAACUCCGUUUCUCUCCUCAUCUAGCACACUGGAGCAAAACUGGCUAUUUCUGUGAAUGAUAGAAAACAGGGUUCUCUGUAACGGUAUUGUAUAUAGUAUAUGUUUAUUGUUUAGUUGUUAUAUUAUAAUAAAUAUAUUUAUAGAUCUA